AUCACAUUCAAGAACUCCACAAAGACAAUGAAAAAGACUCAAAGUCCUUUUAUUUUCUCUGCGGCCAUCGCCAUCUUCCUCCUCCUCUCCAUCUCCCACUUCCCCGGAGCUCUCUCUCAAUCCCAAGAUGAGUGCAAACGUGAAUCCAACAACACAUGCAUCGACAAAGACAAAGCAUUAGAUCUCAAACUUAUAGCAAUCUUUUCAAUCCUCAUCACGAGUCUUAUCGGUGUUUGCCUUCCUUUCUUCGCCCGGUCCGUUCCAGCUUUCCAACCCGAGAAAUCUCACUUCCUCAUCGUCAAAUCAUUCGCCUCUGGAAUCAUCCUCUCCACUGGUUUCAUGCAUGUUUUGCCUGAUUCUUUCGAUAUGCUCUCUUCUCCUUGUCUUGGCGAUAACCCCUGGCACAAGUUUCCUUUCACUGGUUUUGUUGCCAUGAUCUCCGCCGUGUUCACACUCAUGGUUGACUCUAUCACCACCAGCGUUUUCACCAAGUCGGGUAGGAAGGAGUUGCGCCCUGAGGUGAUGUCAGCUGAGACUCCUGACCAAGAGACGGGGUCCGUCCAGGUUCACGCAUCCCAUCACGGUCACGGUCACGGUCACGGUCAUGGUCACGGUCUUCAUGGAGAUAAUGAUAAGGACCUUGGUUCUUCCUUACAGCUUCUGCGAUAUCGAGUUAUUGCCAUUGUAUUGGAGCUGGGAAUAGUGGUGCACUCGAUAGUGAUAGGACUCUCAGUUGGAGCCACUAACAAUACUUGCACCAUCAAAGGCCUCGUCGCUGCGCUUUGUUUCCACCAAAUGUUCGAAGGCAUGGGUCUCGGUGGCUGCAUCCUUCAGGCAGAAUACGGAUGGGUGAAAAAAGGGGUGAUGGCUUUCUUUUUCGCGGUGACAACUCCUUUUGGAGUGGCUCUAGGGAUGGCAUUAUCUAAAACAUACAAAGAGAACAGCCCUGACUCGCUCAUUACCGUUGGACUUCUCAACGCUUCCUCGGCUGGGCUACUCAUCUACAUGGCUCUAGUCGACCUUCUCGCUGCCGAUUUUAUGGGACAAAAGAUGCAACGGAGCAUCAAGCUUCAGUUAAAGUCUUAUGCCGCUGUUUUGCUUGGUGCCGGUGGCAUGGCCGUCAUGGCUAAGUGGGCUUGAUAAAAUAGUUAAUGUAAUCAAAAGAUACUGCUCAAGUUAUGUGUUCAGUUGCUCAAAAGUUUGUCAAUGAUAUUCGUUCUGUUUUAUCUGUAAUAACAGUUUCCCGAUCUAUAACAAACUCACUUAUCCGACUAUAUAUUCGAUUUGUCUUACAAUUAAAUUGUAUUUAAAAGUUUACAUGAAGAACAGUUCAAAAAAAGUAUACAUGAAGGAUAUUUCUUUAUUAGCG